AUGCUCAUCGACCGCGCCAAGAGCGACACGAUCAUUGACUACCGCAACCAGAGCGAUGAGACCCUUAAAUCCCAAAUUACUGCCGCCGCAGGGGGCCUGCCCAUCCAUCACGCCUACGACGCCGUCGCGGAGAAUGGUACUACCACCCGCAUCCUAGGUGCGGCUCUCACGGCGCCUGGAACGGUCGCCGCAGCGUGGCUGCCGAAAGAAGAAGAGGUAGCUCCGUCGGGAAUCCAGAUCGGUAAUCUGAUGGUGAAUUCGGUGCACGCCGAUCCAGCAACGCAAGACAAUACUGCCAAAGAUGAUCGCGAAUUUGGGGCUGUCUUUUCUGGUUUCUUUGGUCGAGCGUUGGCGCAGAAGUCGUUUUCGGGCCAUCCCUUCGAAGUGCGCGCCGGCGGAUUGCGUGCGAUUGAAGGGGGCUUGAAGGACUUAUAG